CGCAAUAAUUCCAUUUCUUUUCAAAAGUAAAUAAAUUCAGCAAAAUAAAAAGAAAAAUCCGAUAAUAAUGGUGUGCUUCUGCUUUCUGGUCGAUCAGACGAGGGAGGUGCGGCGGAGCAAGCCGGCGGCGGGGACGUGCUCCCGGUGCGGCGGCGGCGCUAGCGUCGCCGACAUGAAGACCGCCACGCGCUUCUGCUACGUCCCUUUCUACUCCAAGAACUGGAAGGCCAUUGUCUGCACAUUUUGUGGUGCCGUCCUCAGGUCUUACCACUAGGCUAAGGCUACUACCAUUUUUUUAUUUAAUUAAUUAAAAUACGGAUUAUUAUUACGAUAUUUUUAAUCCGUAUUUCAAUUAAUUAUUAUACUAAUUAAUAUCGUUGUAUUAAAUUAUUAUUAAUACACACUAACAAUGUUCACAUUCACUAUCCAUGCUGGCAGAGCAUAUAUGUGUAUGUAUAAUUGUUCUGCAAAUUUUGUCACAUAUAUGAUAUUCAAUGCAUAAAUAAUAUACAUUUUGUGCUUUGGAAUAAACAUUGAUAUGUACAUGAAAGACAUUAUAUAUACUCCGUAUAAUGUUAUGUGUACAUUUUGGCACAUCUCAUAAUUAUUACUCCCUCCGUCCUAUAAUGAUCUUUCCAGAGCACUAUUCCAACUUCACGGGAAUUUAUAUUUAUUUGUGUUUUUUAUGGCCUAUAUGAUAAAAUAAAAUAUUUUUAUCACCACUUGUUUUGUUGAACUUUUGGUGUAGUUUUUAAAUAUGUAUGUUUUAUUUUUUAUUUCUAUACCAAUAUUUAAAUAAAAUAGAUUGAAAAAACUUGGGAUUUUUCUUCGUUUUGCGAACCGGGAAGAUCAUUAUAGGACGGAGGGAGUACUAGUACAAUUUGUACCAGGGAGUACAAUUGUUAUCUGAUCUUUGUAAUUCCAAUUUCCAUCUAUUCUUAAUUAUUUAUGAUUUUUUAGGUAAACCCAAAAAUUUGUAUGAAUAUUGACAUAAAUAAUGUCUAUAUUC